UUCCCUAUGAAAUCCUUUUAUGAAAUAUAUAAUUGAAUUUGUCUGCUUUUGUUAAAAAAGUAUAUAUUUUAAAGUAUGUUUCUUUGGUACACUUGACGCUUAGGUGAAAUAAAAAGUUAAAAAACUAAAAAUUAAAAAAUAAAAAAUAAAACGUACAAAACAAAACCAAACCUAAAAAAAGAAAAAAAAAAACAGUCAAAAUAUAUUUAAUAAACUCCAAUCCAAAACAUUCAAAGUGUUUUGUGGAUGCAUUUUGUUUGGAAAGGGGCCCGACAACACAAAUACGGAAGGCCUAAGGAGUGCUUUAGCCCGUCUACGCAAUAGAACGGGCCCCUCAAUUCCACAACCAUCUCCACCUACCUCACCUCAUCCCUCAGCAGCCAGCUGUCGUGAAACGACUACUACCACCACCACUACCUACACAACCAACAACACCAAUAAUGGAUCCAAUCAAAAUAUUGAUAAAAUUGCAACUACAUCAACAACAGCUUUGGGCGAUGAAUGCCACAAGGUACCGAUAACACAAAUACCGACAUCAUCCACUACAGCAACAACAACAACAACCAGGCAGGCUGGAAAAGGUGUGUAUAAACAAGAUGCAGGCCUUUCCGACAAUACCUCCCCUACCCACUUCCAGGCUUUAACCAAUGCCCAACCACAAAAACAACAACAACAACAAUCUAGAACUAUAGUUACAAAUAAAAAAACAUCUUCGCCCAAAACCCUACCUGCUACCUAUUGUACUAGUACACGUUCCGCAGCAGUCAUGGCUUUGGCCUUACGCAGUCAAACACCUCCCAGUCCACAGACAACACACAAGAAUUCACGUAACUAUCGAACUGCCGAUGCUGUUAACCACUCGGCCGAAUCCACGUUUACGACUACAACGUCAAUGUCUCCCACAAGCACGGCAACAACAUCUCGUCAACAUAUUAACCGCUCACCGGCUCAACAAAUCAAAUCAAAGAUUUUAAAUGAACGUCCAAAUGGUAUUGGAGAUUUGUAUUCAGGUGGUUCGAGUAGUUCCGACAACGAUGGUGUAAAUACUUCUUCUUCCUCAUCGGCCACCGCUUUAAGGCGUUUGUAUUUUAAAAGUGGUCGUAGCACUAAAACGAAAGCCAAUACGAAUAAAUCUUCCAUGUCUAUGACCCAAAUAACGAAAAAUGCCAUUUGUACAGCGGCAGUGCUGUAUCAUUCUUCGGUGGAAGGUACCCUAGGCGUCGCUGGUAAUACAUCCACUAGUAAAAGUGUUCCCAAGGUUGUUGUAAUGGGUUCUUCCACUGCUUCGGCGAGCGAUACAAUUAUUAAUACAUCCACAGACUCAGCAUCGACUAUGAUUACGAAUGUUACCCAUACCGAUACAUCAGAGACCUGCGAUUCUUUAGAUUUAGUUGAAUGUGUUUCAGGUGAUAAUUCGGGUCAAAGUGAGCCAUUAUUUAGUUCCUUGGAAGAGCCUUUACUAACCGCCAUACAAGUUGAUUCCGAACAAGAAGGUACUGAAAUCGAAUUGACCAGUUGCUCAUCAUAUUCACGACCCGAUAUGAAUUUACAGGAAAGUACUGAGAGUCAAGAGUCCUGUCUAUCCAUCUUAACGGGUGAGCCAUCUUCGACUACACCGCUAUUGUCAUCACACCGAAAACAUUCGCCUAUAAGUACUGGUUAUGGUGACAAAGAGCGUGAACGCGAACGUGUGCCUAAUACGGCUCCCGCCCCAACUAGUGGCGGUAAGCACUUUACAUUUGACAAACCACAAUCCCCGAAAUCCGCACGUUGUAGUGAUAAGUCACGUACUUGUUUUACAUUUAAAGAUGAAGCCGAACAGAGAAACUAUAUUAAGCAGCAGCAUCAAAAACAGCAACAACAGCAGCAGCAUCAGCAACAACAAUGUUUGUCAAAAUAUAUGGAUGAAGGACUAACAUAUGACAAAUGUAAUUCCUCGAAUGAAAGAUUACCAACACGCACCUAUCCCUCGCAAAAGAGCAACAAUACAACUGGAGUUACUAACGCUGACGUAACACAUUUCAAUAGCAGUAAAAAGUCUCGAAACGAAACAGCUGAACGAAAUCGUUAUUCCAUGGCAGGCACUGCAACACACAAAACUAGUCCAAAACGUGAGCGUCGACGUUCACCUUCAUCAUCAACGUCCAAAGUCAAUUCAGCUCCGCCCACAAUGAAGGAUAGCAACUUUUUCGGUAGCAACUCUUCACCGACCAGACUCAAUAAUAAACAACUCUCGCCUACCUCGCAGAGCUCAGGUCAACGUAAAUAUUCCUCCAGUUCUUCAUCCGGUGGCAGUGAGCGUUAUAAAGACGGCAUACUAUUUCCCUUCGAUCGUGAGGCUAUCGACUAUGAACGCAUACAGCGUGAAUGUUUUGCAUUAAAGGAACAUUCCAGUUCCUCAACCACCACUAGCGAUUCAGAUGAACCAGAACCCUGCUCGGUUUAUGAAAGAUCGAAGGCUACAAUUUCACCCAAAACCACUGAAUUCUAUAAGCAAUACAGCUUACUCUCGCAAAAGGAACAGCAGCAACAACAUUCACAAACAUCAUCUCGUAAAAAUUCUAAACGCUUACGUUCCGAUUCUUUAGCACAAAAAUAUAUACCCAAAUCGGAUGCAUUUAGCCCUAAAUCAAAAACCAGCUCUCCCACCCACAAUGCCCAUCAUUCGCCCAACUCGCAAAUAGAAUUAAAUAAAUUCGAGGAUAUUGCCUCGAAAUUUGAUCAAAUGCCACCAAAACAUGGUUCGAUUGUCAGUCUAGCCACAAAAACCACUAGCCCUUUGUCCAGCUGCAGUCAAAUAUCGAAUUUGAAAAACAACAACAGCUACAUGAGCAACAACAAUAUUGAGAGCAUAUCAUCAAAUGCUAGUAGUCCUACUAACUCACGUAGCACCACACCACCGCUGCCCAAUUUACGUGUAGACUUUUUUAUGGAAAAAUCAACACAAUCGCGCAAAAAAUCAUUUAAAAAUAAACCGAAAACCGCCUCAGCCAUCGAGGAAGUGGAUACGAUCACAACAGCAAAUACAGCACACGACUUUUUGGGUGACUGCCAAUAUGUAGUAGGUAGUAGCAAUGUUUUAGCAGCGGCUAAUGUUGUCAUUAAUUCAGGUGGCCCUAUUAACGUAACAGCCAAUCCAAUGGAGGUAGCCGCUGUCUGUACACAACCAAGAGCAACAAUUGUCGUCCAACAAAAUUUUCUUUCUCUCCAGUGUGAGUGAGUUGUGGUGUAUGUCUCUUGUCUUGUCAAGCCGCUAAGAAAAUCUCUUCUCAUCUCUACGUGUGAAUUUUCACACAAUUUUCUUUUUCUUCUUCUGCUUCUUCUUGAGCAUAUCUUGUCUGAUUUAGUUUAUAAAAACCAUUGUAUUGUUAAGAUCACUU